AAGAAAUUACAAAUUCAUUCGGUGUUCAAGUGUCUAACAUUCCACUUCUUACUUACAUUUUAGCAAAUAUGAAGCUGAUCGCCCCCAUCACCGCAGCUCUCAUCGCCGCCGCAUCAGCAGGCCAGGUCUUCACGGGCCACUCCUCAGAGCACUAUGCUCAAUCAGCCGAACAAUACCAGUCUGGGUUGGAACACCAGCAGCUGGGACUCUACUCUGAGGCUCCAGCUCCUCAGUACUCCGGCCAUGAGGCUUCGUACUCCUCCAGGCCUGCUGGAGAGAAGGUCGCUAAGAUCCUGAGUUAUAACGCGGAGAAUAAUGGACACCAGUACCAGUAUAAUUAUGAGACUGAUAAUGGAAUUAAAGCCGAGGAAGCCGGCCAAACCUCAGAGCACGGCACAGUCUCCCACGGCGCGUACUCCUACAAGGGUGAUGAUGGCCAGACCUAUACCGUGACCUACACUGCUGACGAGCAUGGCUUCCAUCCCCAGGGAGCUCACCUCCCCACCCCUCCUCCCAUCCCCGAGGAGAUCCAGAAGAGCUUGGAGCAGAAUGCCAAGGAUGAAGCCGCUGGUGUAUUUGAUGAUGGUAAAUACAAAGAACAAUCCGGUCACAAAUCGGCUGAAGGUUACCAGCAGUACGACGCCAGUUACCAGUCCCUCGGCUACCAAGCUCCAUCAUCUCACAGCUCGGGCGCUGAACUAUCCUACCAGAUUCCCUCAGGACACGCUUCGGGCGCUGACUUGGCUUACCACGCUCAAUUGAGCCAGGCUCUCUCGGGCCACUCUGGUGCUCAACUUUCCUACCAGGCUCCUUCUAGUCAUGGUUCUAACGCUCAGCUGUACCAAGCUCAGUCAGCUCACUCAUCUAACGCUCAAUUAGCUUACCACGCUCCAUCAGGUCUUGGGUCUAGCGCUCAACUGUCAUCUCACGCUCCUCAAGGAUUUUCUUUGAGCGGUUUCGUUCCUUCAGGGCACUCUUCUAACGCUCAAUUGUCUUACAACCCUCAUUCGGGUCACGCUUAUUCGGGUCAUGCUUUGGGCGACGAGUUGGCUUACCGUGGUCAUCAUUAAACAGUGCAAUUAUUAGUG